CAAACAGAGCUGCUUAUGUGUGUGUUCCUGUAUAAGUGAGAGGUCUUCCGGUGCAUGAGGAGAGAAGACAAACCUGCAAAUACGCAGAUUAAUUUAUUUACCAACUAGUUAAGAGUACAGCUGAAACGAACCUCAUCUAAUUCAAGUGCUUUUUCCAGUGAUUUGACAUGGCCGAGCCACGCAGCCCGGUAUCUGCAUCUGUACCCCACAGUCCGAUGGUGUUGCCCACCCCGGAGGGCUCGACCCUUGAGAUGGACCCGGUGGAGUACACCCUCCGCAAGCGUCUGCCCCGCAAACUGCCCAAACGACGGAACGACGUCUACGUCAACAUGAAAACAGACUUCAAGGCCCAGCUGGCGAGGUGUCAGAAACUUCUGGACGCUCACAGGGAAAUCUGCAUCCACGGUCUGGGACUGGCUAUCAACCGGGCCAUUAACAUCGCCCUGCAGCUCCAGACGUCCAGCCAGGGUGCGCUGCAGGUGGCAGCCAACACAUCCACCGUGGAGCUCAUAGAUGACCUGGAGCCCGAGGAUCCGGACGAGGCGGGAGAGCCGCUUACACGCACCCGUAAUAACUCCGCAAUCCACAUCAAGGUGUUUUAUCCCAACCCAUAGAGCCAGUAUCAGUAGUAACAUAAUACAUGACAACUUCAAAGACUUCAUAAACAUUCAUGUAAAGUUCGUGGUGUGUAUGAGUUGUUUAAAGGCGAUGCCUGUUUUAUUUUGUAUGACUUCUGUUCUGGUUCAGCCCGAAGCUGAAACUCAAGUCUUGCUUAUUUAUUAAUUAAUUGCUGUGGUGUUCUUGAAUGUUUUGCAUUUGAAAAACAAGAAGUAGAAAGGAAAUUUGCCAUAUAUGUUUUUCCAUGUUCAAAAACAGAAAUCUGUAAUUGUUUUCUUGUGUACAGUAAACUCUUAACCAAAAGUUAAUGCAGCAGUUGUGAAUUAAAGCUCAGUUUAAUGGAAAGUAAAAAUACAUUGUUAGACCUA